ACUGUUGGACAAAGGCUUGUUGACACAUGGGAUGAUUUGACAUGUGGCUGCUGGAAUCUCACACUGGACAAGAUGCGAGUUAAAGACAUGUUUUAUGAGGAACCAGAUGUUCGUUAUAAACGCAGAAGCAACAGGGAUAUAAUCAAUCUGUGUUAUCUAUCGAGAGAGGCUGCAGAGGAGUGACGCAGUUCUGUGAUGACACUGCGGUCAAACGAUCAAACUCAAACGAUCACAACCAGUUUCCCGUGUUUCCUGCAGGAGGAGCACACGCUGUAGUAACGUGAGGGAGGUGUUGUGAUUAUUAUGAAUCCUGCUCGGAGGUGGGAGGGGUCCUCCUGCCUCACACAGCCCAGGGUGGAGGCUCUCAGGGCGGGCGUCUCCUCAGCAGCAGCAUCAGCAGCAGAGGCGGUGGAGGUGGGUGGUGAGGUAGCAAAGCUUUAUUUAAAACAACAACAGUAGAGCAACGCUAGCUUCCUCUUCAUUAGCAUUAGCAAUUAGCCUCAGCUCCCGCCUCCUCCUCCUCCUCCUGCCGUGGUGUGGUUUUAUUUUUAUGUUUCCCAGCGUCACAUCCCCCCUGGCCGGAGGAGGAAUGUAGAGACAGGGAGCUUUAAAAAUAGCCUCCUCUCCGGUGACAGCGCUGCUCCGGGUGCUCCAGCAGCACUGUGCCGCGACGAGCAGGAAUGCGAAGAUGGCUGCAGACCUGGGAGAGCUGCUGGUCCCCUACAUGCCCACCAUCAGGGUGCCCAAGACCGGAGACAGGGUGUUCAAGAGCGAGUGCGCCUUCUCCUUCGACUCCCCGGAGUCUGAGGGAGGCCUGUAUGUGUGUAUGAACACAUUCCUGGGCUUCGGACGAGAACAUGUGGAGAGACAUUAUCGCAAAACAGGACAGAGCGUUUACAUGCACCUCAAGCGACAUGUUAAAGAGAAAGCCACAGGAGCUGCAAGUGGUGCUAUCCCCAGACGGAGAAAUGGAAAAGUCUUUCUAGAUUUAGAGCUAAACCGUGAUUUUAACGGAGAGGACUAUGAAUACGAAGAUGAGGCCAAGCUCGUCAUUUUUCCAGACCACUUCGAGAUCCCCUUACCAAAUAUUGAGGAGUUGCCCGCUCUGGUGACCAUCGCCUGUGAUGCAGUGCUCAAUGCACCAUCACCCUACAAGAAAGCAGAACCCGAGUCCUGGGACGAGGAGAUCCAGGUGUCCAGACACGCCAGGAGCCUCAGACAGCUGGAUAACGAUGUCAGGAUCCCACCCAGUGGCUGGAAGUGUCAGAAGUGCGAGAUGAGAGAAAACCUGUGGCUGAACCUGACAGAUGGUACCCUGCUCUGUGGGAAGUGGUUCUUUGAUGGGAGUGGAGGAAACGGCCACGCUCUGGACAACUACAGAGCGACCAACUACCCACUGGCUGUCAAACUGGACACCAUCACCCCGGACGGAGCAGAUGUCUAUUCGUUCGAAGAGGAAGAAGCCGUGUUGGACCCUAACAUAUCAGACCACUUGGCACACUUUGGAAUAGACAUGCUACAGAUGCUGCAGAAAAGAACAGAGAACGGGCACCACACAGAUAAUAAUGCGCGUCCGCGAGUCAGUGAAUGGGAGGUGAUCCAGGAGUCCGGCAUGAAACUGAAGGCGGUGUUCGGUUCUGGUUACACAGGGAUAAAGAACAUGGGCAACAGCUGCUACCUUGGCACAGUAAUGCAGGUUCUCUUCAGCAUCCCAGACUUCCAGAGGAUGUAUGUGGGAAAUCUUCAGAGGAUAUAUGACUAUUCCCCCCUCGACCCCUCCCAGGACUUUGCCACACAGAUGGCUAAACUGGGACAGGGACUGAUCUCAGGCCAGCACUCCAAACCACCCAUGAAAUCUGAGCUCAUUGAACAGGUGAUGAAAGAAGAAAACAAGGUAUUAAACUGGCACCAGCAGAAAGGCAUCUCGGCGAGGAUGCUGAAGGCCCUGGUCGGCCGGGGACACCCAGAGUUCUCCUCAAACAGACAACAAGAUGCCCACGAGUUUCUCAUGCACAUCAUCAAUCUGGUGGAGAGGAACAGUGCAGGCUCAGAGAAUCCAAGUGACGUCUUCCGCUUCCUGGUGGAGGAACGAAUUCAGUGCUGCCAGUCGCGCCGGGUGAGAUACGCUGAGCGGGUGGACUAUUGCAUCCAGCUGCCAACCCCCAUCGAGGCUGCCACCAAUCGAGAGGAGCUGCUGGCAUACGAGGCCAAGAGGAAGGACGCUGAGGAGAACAUGAAGGCUCCUCCUGAGCCAGUGAGGGCACGGAUCCCCUUCACCGCCUGCCUGCAGGCCUUCACCGAGCCAGACAACGUCCCGGACUUCUGGAGCUCGGCGCUACAGGCCAAGUCAGCUGGAGUCAAAACUUCCCGCUUUGCCUCCUUCCCAGAGUAUCUGAUUGUGCAGGUCAAGAAAUUCACAUUUGGGGUUGACUGGGUGCCGAAGAAACUAGACUUGGCCAUCGAUGUUCCAGACUUCCUGGACCUGAACCGGUUGCGGGCCACAGGGCUGCAGGCGGGUGAGGAGGAGCUGCCUGACCUCAUGCCCCCCAUUGUUCUCCCUGAAGACACCAGAGAUAACUCAAUGGGCUCUGCAGACUCUCCAGAAAUAGACGAGGUGGCAGUGAUGCAGCUGGCAGAGAUGGGGUUCCCGCUGGAGGCCUGCAGGAAGGCGGUGUACUACACCGGCAACAUGGGUCCUGAGAUGGCUUUCAACUGGAUCAUAGCCCACAUGGAGGAGCCAGACUUUGCCGAGCCUCUCGCUCUGCCCUCCAUGAUGGAUCCUGGUCCCUCCACCAGUGACAGCCCCAUGGGUGACGCCACUCCUCUGGCCAACUCGCCCCCCGAGGAGAGCAUCGCCAUCCUCACCUCUAUGGGCUUCCCCCGCAGUCACAGCAUCCAGGCACUCAAAGCCACGAACAAUAACCUGGAACGAGCACUCGACUGGAUCUUCAUCCAUCCGGAGGAGGAGGAGAGUGACGUCCUCUCAGACAUGGCCGACACAGAGCCCAACGACAACGCUUUCUCCAACGCCAACUCGCACAGCGACUCCACGCUGUCACCGGACAGAGAAACAUCGGGCCCGCGGGUCAAAGACGGACCAGGCCGUUAUGAGCUCUUUGCCUUCAUCAGCCACAUGGGAGCAUCCACAAUGUCUGGACAUUAUGUUUGUCACAUCAAAAAGGAGGGAAGGUGGCUGAUCUACAACGACCACAAAGUGUGUUUGUCAGAAAGGCCUCCUAAAGACUUGGGCUACAUCUACUUUUACCAUCGACUGUCGAGCAGUUAAAGUGAAGUUCCCGCCCUCCUCCACCCAGCAACCUUUAAAGAACGACAGUCUUUCACUCAGAAGACUGGCAGACAACUGUGUGAACAGCCGCAGUGGAAACGAUGGAAAUAACCUCUCAGACCAGCUGCUCGCCUUACUGUGAUGUCAUUCAGGAGCAACCAGGAAACCCUGGUCAGAAAGGGAAAGCAAUGUGCUUCAUGUGCAUUUGUGUUACGUUACGCUUUAAAUGUAUAUUUCAGUGUUUAUGUUUCAAAAGUAAAAGAGACGUUUUCUCGACAGUACAGAGGAAUGUGUGCGAUAUCUCCACUUCUGGACUGUUCUGGACACACACUAAUACCACAUAUCAAAUCCCAUUGUUCCUCCUGCUCUAUGCCUUCAGCUACUGUGCCAAUAUUUUCAAAGUGGUACAUUUUAUAAAUGUAUUUUGAAAUGGCAGUGCUUCACUGCCAGCCCUGAAAUGCUCUGAAAUUGUGACAAAAAAACAAACAACCAAGAAAUUGUUGUGCCAUUGGUGGCUUUGCAAUUUCCUUUGAAAGAGAAAAGAAUGCUUUUUUCACUUUUGACCGGAACAAGUUUCGUAUUUUGCACCUGAUGCAGUAGAAGUAGAUGUUUUAUUCACCAGGCACGAGCACAUUGAAUGUGAUAUCAAAUUCUACUUCGGUUCUGCUGAACCUGUUAAACCUUGAAGUGGCUGGAAGUGCAUAUUUCAGGUGGCUGUCAAAUCCUCCAUACUCAUGUACUUUAGAUAGAGGUGGUAAAGAAGUCCACACUCAAUUUGCAUUUUAGGCUGAAAAAGAACUUGGACUCUCAGCAGCAGCUGGUCCACUGUGGUUCUUUUAUCACUCGGACAGAUUCAGACUGUGGCCCGACAGUUAAAAUUCACCAUCUGUUAAACCUGUGGCCUCUUUAAUUUUUUUUUUUACAGGUCAUUUAAGUUCAUUUAUUUUUUCACAUCCAAAAGCAAUAUGCACGACAACCAAAUCCUCCCUGGCACCUGCUGUACGGGUGACUCAUUUCUCCGGUGCAGUGCUGAAUGUAUCAUGGUGCUCACUUCAAACGAAACCUCUUCAUCUCUUAAUAUGACAGUAGAACCUGUCACCAUAACCUCAUGCUGGGUCAGCCAGGUUUAGAACCUCUGACUGUCAACAUCAUCUCAGUGUCUGUUCUCAUAUCCUCAUCUUUCACUGGGAUGCUGCAAUGAACUGGACCCGAAUCAAGUUUAGUUUCUGUCGUCUAAAAAAAAACGAACUGGUGUUUUGGCAGUUAAUUCCAGUGCGACAACCCUGACGUGUGGGGAAAGUGUGUGUCUCUCAGCUGUGCAAUUCGCGCGCUUGUUUUAAAGGAGAAGUUCUGCUGAAAAGUGACUUUGCUCUGCUUUGUUAAAAUGUCAUAUUCGAGCAUUACAGGGAAGGACUGUCCUCCGACCUAGAAGGUAGAUGUUCUUGAGCGUUGAAAGAAACAAAAAAAUGGAGACUUGAAAAACUGUGGAAGUCUGGAAUGUGUUUGUCCUUUAAAACCCUCUCAUGUAGAGACUUUUAAAAACGACAUAUAGGAUCUUCAAUAGAAAGAAAGAAACUUUAUUGAAGCACUAAGAUAAAUAUCACACAUCCCAGAGUACAACAAUAUAUCUGCACUUCUUCCCUUUAACAACACUGUGUCUAGACUUCCCUCGGCACAGAUUCUAUUUUAUUAUAUCCCGACCUCUCAUCUCCAUCAGAUACGACCUGAUAAAGUGCUGCGGUCUUCAUUGUCCAUGCAGCAGGGACAUUUAAAAGGUCUUUCUAUGCAAGUCUUGUGUUUCUGCCAUUGAUAAAAGUUGUGUCUUGCUAAAUGAUGUUUCGUCUUGAAUGUCUUCAGAUAUCCUGUGCAAUUCAAUCUGUCCCCCCCCCCCCGUCCUGAUUACAUCAUUAUGUCAUUUUCUGUUGUUUUGUUCCAGCUUUCCCUCCAGCUCGGUCUCUUCCAUUCUUCUUCUUCUUCUUCUUCUUCUUCUUCUUUACGUGGUUAAAAGAGGCUUUUUCACUGUCAACAUGUGCACUAGACGUUGACAUUUAGUCAUUUGGAUUGUACCUUUGGACUCUUGGGAGUUUUGUUCUCUUUUCUCAUUUAACUAAAUGAAAAAAAAAAGGUUCUUCACCUGUUUUUACCCUGUUGCCUUUUUUGCAAACAAGUUUGUGCCGGUUGUGUAGUCCCCAUUAGAUAGUUUUCCUGAAGGGAUUAUUUUACGUUGACUUUUGUAAUGUAUGAGUUUAUCCAAAAAUGGCUUUGAUGUAUGUGAAUAGAGUCAUGACAGUACAGUGCCACUGUUUACUUACAAUGUUUGGAUAAUUUAAUAAACUACACCUUUGUCGAGA